AUGGAUAACAAUUUUUUUGGAGACACUUUUGUAAAUAAAAAUGGGCCAUGCAAAAUCAAAUUGUCUGAUAUGAAGGUGAUUGUACUCUACUUUUGUGCCAGUUGGUGUCCUCCUUGUGUAAAUUUUACACCAACUCUCGUUGAGUUUUAUAAUGAUGUUAAUUUGGAAACUAAAUAGCUCGAAAUUAUAUGGGUAUCAUAAGAGGAAUCAGAAAGUUAAUUCAAAAAAUACUUAGAAGAGAUGCCUUGGCCAGCCAUUCCACAUAAUGAUAAGAGAAUCUAGUAACUGGUUGAUAAAUAUGAAAUUAAAGGAAUUCCCACAGUGACUGUAUUGAGGAAAAAUGGUGAUGUAGCGAAGAAGAAUGGGAAAUAGGAUAUUUUAAAAGAAGGAGAAGGAGCUUAUAAUUUAUGGGAAUAAUUAGUGAAUAGUGAAUGA